AUGUCUAAUUUAGAAUAUUAUUGGGGCGAUGCAUCGGUUGAAAACAAUCAAUAUGAUAGCAGUGAAAUGGAAACUGAUUCAUCAGAAAUUGCUUGUGAGUCAAAUGAUGAAGAAGAACAUACGCUGAUCCAGUUGGAUGAUGAAUCUGAUAAGGUUAAAUUGCAAGCAGGCAAUCAGUUAAUUUUCCAAUUAGAACAAUUUAACAGACAGUCAACUGCUUCCGUACCGCUAACACCAUUGGCAGACGGGACAAAUUCAUUGAAAGCAACAGGAUCAAUUGUUUUAGAUAAUAAUGUUUUCAUCAUUAGUCUUAUAGGUGAUACUAAGAAUGGUAAAAGUUUUUUAACUAAUCACUUACUUCCAUUCACCGCAAUGAGUCACCCUUUCGUCUUAGACGAAGAACAAGGUGGUGGUUCGACGACAGCUAAUGUUAACUGUUACGAAUCAAUCUUAUCUAUAUCAGUUCCUCAUGCAUCCAGCUUCUUGUUACUGGAUUUCGAAGGAGAAAAAGGUUCAUGGAUCCCGUAUAUGUUGAGACGUUUGCGCAAGGUAUGGACAGCUGAACGUUCUGAAAAACGACGGAAGGCUGUUGAAGAAUAUUUCCCUAAGCUGGCCUACACGCUGAGUAACGUCAUUAUUUUAUUAAGUCGCGACGAUUUCAGCAACCAUGACUAUAUAGAGCGGUGUUACGAUUUCGCUACGCGUGCAACAAAAAAAUUACAACAUAUUCCACACAAGCCAAUACUUAUUCUGGUACAUAAUUUUUACACAGGUAGCAAAGUGGGAAACUAUGAAGAAUUAACAAAAGAAUUUUUUACAAUACAUAAGGGCGAUGCGAUAAAGUUACGAUGUUUCUUUGAAGCUGUUUUUUGUGUGCGAUUACCAGUGAAAAUGAAACAUAUCCCAACAGCUUCUCAGACUGUCGCUAGUAACACAUGUUUUACCAGUCAGAUAGAUGAAUUAAACGCACUAUUAGCUAAAAUCCAAAACAAACAUAUGGAGCGUUGCAUGCCACAUAGCAAAUGGCUCGAAUUGACUAAACUUAUUCUCGAUAUUGUAUCCGAUGGCAAGGCAGUAAUGAUGCACACAUUGCUACGACAAGUGAUUGUAAAAGAUCCUGGUGA